GCGUGGCUAAACUGGCUUUGUUGUUUGUCGCGAGCUGCUGGCUUCAGUCGAACGUCGCUCCACAAGUCUUCACUGCUGCCCAUUUUUUCGUCUUAAAGUUGGCCUUCGGACACUCCAGAGCUGCGUUUGUGUCAUUUAAACGCUCACCAAGAUGCCGUCCGACAGAGCCUUCAAACAAAGGAGGACUUUUGCUGAGCGCUGCAAAGAAGUUGAGCAGAUCCGAGAACAGCAUCCCAACAAGAUCCCUGUGAUCAUCGAGCGCUACAAGGGCGAGAAGCAACUCCCCGUCCUGGACAAGACCAAGUUCCUGGUUCCUGACCAUGUCAACAUGAGUGAGCUGGUCAAGAUUAUCAGACGUCGUCUGCAGCUGAACCCCACUCAAGCAUUCUUCCUGCUGGUCAAUCAGCACAGUAUGGUUUCCGUGGCAACGCCCAUCUCCGAGAUCUAUGAGCAGGAGCGAGAUGACGACGGCUUCCUUUACAUGGUAUAUGCCUCGCAGGAGACCUUUGGCUGCUAGGAAGGGGCGGAGCUUAGGGGAAGGCUUAAAAAAAAAAAAACAUAAAUGUCUGCUAUCCAGUCGGUCUUUUUCAGUCAGUAACACUAUCCCAACAUGCGCCGCUCCCCUAUCGGAACUUUUAAAUUUUUAUUUUGAACGUAGUUUGUCAUCUUCAAAUGUUAGCCAACGUUAGCGCAAAUGGAUGCUAACGGCACGUGUGCAAUAUUUACAUUUAAUCUUUUAGCACCUUCCUACUUGUUGACAAAAAACAUGUAAGAGCACCACAUUAGUAUUAGCACACUUGAGGGAAGCUCAACGUUCCUGCACAAUCUUUUUAAUCUUUCUUUUUAGUUUAAAUUCUUGAAGGUUUACUAAUUAGUCCCUGCAACCUGCCAGAUGGCCACCAGGGCUGUCGAUCAGACUGCAUGCUUUGAGAACAUUGAGAAAUGCUUCGCUGACAUUCACCCUGUGUCGUCCUCCACUAUACUCUAAACGUGACAUUAAUGACAAACUAUCUUCUUUUGCACGUCAAACACUGCAAUCUUUCUAAAAUCAUCGGUUUCAUGAGGCACUACAGACAAUGCAUGUUUAUAUUUUUUGUUAUCGAGAUAAGUUGUUCAUUUUACUGAGCUGUUUUAAGUUUUUUCCAAAUCUCAACCAAAAAGUGGAAAAAAGUGUAUGUGUGUUAACGUCAUUAAGUUGUAUGAAGUGUGUAAAUAGAUGCGUUGCUAUGACGUCACACCAAACUCUUGCCAAAAAUUAAAGAGGAAAAAAAUA